GGCGAGAUGCGCUAUGUAACGUGAUACAGGCACGCUCGUUUUGCUUGUUUCGAUCCCAUGAUGCUAUGUUGGGCGUUUACUACUGAGUUGAAUCAUCCGAAAAAGCAGAAAAAUAACGGGCAAUCUACAAAUUGUGAGGCCGCCAAAGCAUCGAUUGCCGCCGGCUGCGACUAAUCAUCGUGAUCUGAUAUAUAAGGUGCAAGGAUCUGCCAACGCAUCCUGUUUCACUAGUUACUCAGCCCUAACGUCUCAGCUUGUCCUCAUGCUAUUUUAGGCGCUCAUUGUUGAGAGAUGAGGUUGUACCAAUUUCCAGUCAACUAGACAGUCUAUUUUUACGCCGCCCAUAACAAAAUCGUGGCUAUUUGAGACGGUCGAUACCCAUGCACCUAUUUGGUAGUUAAGUAUGCGUUAGCAAAAUGGACCAUGCUGUCAAAGGAACCCCAAGCGGAGAACAGGAGGGUCUGGAUAGUGGAUGGCCUGCAUUCUUAGCUGCAGCUAGAGCUGCGGACCCAAAUUUCGAAGAUUAUGGUGUCGCGCGACUUGCCGGCGACUACGCUAGAUUGGGUACUAAGAUCAUUGAAGCUGUCAGGCAUGCCACCGGUCACACUUCUGAAGAGCUGUUCAAGAUCGGUUAUAUGCUCUCAAUCAUCCAGGAGCGCACAACUUACACUCUGGAUGAUCUGGCACAUGUCGUCUCGAGUAGCUGGGUCAUGCCGACUGGCGAUCUCGAUAUAGUUGGUCGCGUCAGGGAUAUAAUGUACUUACCUUGCAACUUCGCAGAGGAACUUAAUCAAUCGGGGUUCCGGGAUUUCAUCAAUCAUAUUGAUAAUCUUGACGAAGUGCAAAGCUUCUUGAGACGGCUUGACUAUGUCCGAACCCACCCGGGGCGUCUCCCUCGAUUGCCAACACUUUCCGUUUCGGAGACGAAGGCGGUACUAUGCGCAGAGAUUUGGUGUACAUGGGCAUACGAAAACCGGUGUCCUUUGCCAUCCGAAGUAGCAUUUGUCGAAUUAUUUGGAGCCGGAAUGACUGUGAAAGUCACGGAAUUCGGAAGGCGAUUAGAAACAGCUUUCGCAUGUGCGGAGUUUAAGGAGUAUAUUCUCCGGUGGUAUGGCUUCGACGUAGCAAUUCUUAGGAAUAUGAGCGCAUUGGACGACCUUGUCGAUAGCUGUGAUGAAUCAAUUGCGAGCGUCUGGAAAUAGUCAAAUACCUACCCAGAAUAAUGAAUACUCCUUCUAGCGCUAUGAAUGUUGACGACACGUAGGGUUUCGUAGUUUGAGGUCGCGGUACAGACACAUAAUUUCGUUAGAAGAACUGAACUCAGAUCAACGAAGCGGCUGGGAGGUGAGAUUUAUACCUUGAAAUGUCAGCCUACUAAGGUACAAACUAUCACUUCCCAACAAAACAAUCAUGAUAGUGAAGCAAAGCAAAUUCCCA